CUUCUGACAGGUGAGGCAUCCUCCUUGUAAUAAUGAAAUCUGAAAGGCCGAUCGACACAGGGAGAGGAUGAGCUCGUCGACCGAUCGACACAACAAAAUUUGCAGAAUUUCCUUUUGGCGGCACUUGGAUCAAUUGGUGUGAUCAAUUGCGGCGUCAGCCAUGCUCCGAUCCACCGGCGACCGCGUGGUCAUCGUCGGCGGCGGCAUCGCCGGCGCCCUCCUCGCCAGGACGCUCCAGAACCACGCCGACGUCGUCCUCAUCGACCCGAAGGAGUACUUUGAGAUCCCGUGGGCGAACCUGCGCGCCAAGAUGGAGCCGGCGGCGGUGGAGCGCACGGUGAUCCCGCACACGGAGUACCUCACGAACGCCAAGGUGGUGACGGCGUCGGCGGUGGGCGUGGACGACUCCGUCGUGCUCACCUCCGUCGGCUGCACCGUCGCCUACGACUUCCUCGUCGUCGCCACGGGCCGCAUGUGCAACCGGCCGCAGAAGCGGGAGGAGCGGCUGCAGACGUUCGAGCAGGACAAGGCGCGGAUCGCGUCGGCGGAGUCCGUGCUCGUCGUCGGCGGCGGGCCCAUCGGCGUGGAGCUCGCGGCGGAGAUCGUGAUGGGGAACCCCGAGAAGCGCGUGACCAUCGUCCACGGCGGGCCGCGGCUGCUGAUGGUGAUGGGCGAGAAGGCGUCGGCCAAGGCGCUGGAGUGGCUCCGCUCCAAGAACGUCACCGUGCUGCUCGACCAGACCGUCGACGUCGCCGCCGCGGGCGUCUCCCCCGACGACAAGGUCUUCACGACGUCCGCCGGGGAGACGGUCGCCGCCGACUGCCACUUCGUAUGCACCGGCCGCCCCAUCGCGUCGGGGUGGCUGCGGGACUCGUUCCUCGGCGACCACGUCGACGAGAACGGGAGGGUGGUGGUGGACGAGCACCUCCGGGUGGGCAAGCUGAGGAACGUGUUCGCCAUCGGCGACAUCACCGACGUGCCGGAGGCGAAGCAGGGGUACCUGGCGCAGCGGCACGCCAUGGUGGUGUCCCGCAACCUGAAGCUGCUGGUGAAGGGCGGCGAGAGCAGGGAGCACAAGCUGCACCGGUACAAGGCGUCCAAGGUGAACAUCACCAUCACGCUCGGCCGCCGCGACGCGCUGUCGGAGCUGCCGUUCAUGACGGUCAUCGGCCACCUUCCCGGCGCCAUCAAGCCCCGGGACCACUUCAUCUCUCGGACCCGCAGGAUGAUGGGCCUCAAGCUAAGUGCGCGCCAUGACCAAUCCAUGUUUCGCAUCUGAAACUUGGAUCGAUCAUGCACGCACUAUAUAUCUAUGGAUUCAGGUGCGUAGCUAGGGGUAGUCCAGGUGAACGUGUGACUACCUCUAUUUUGGUCUAUGAAGACAACACCUAUGUUAUUUAUAUAUUUGCAUGUAUUACUUUUUAAUUAAAAUUUUACUCGCAUUUGUGAUAUGUAGCGUUUAAAACUUUUGAUUUGUGAUGUUGACUUGUGUCGUAGGAAUAUCCAAUGAAAAAUUUCUGACUACAGCAUAAUCAAGUAUUUGCCACCGACGCAUUGAAUUAACACGCUUGGACCUUAGACUGGGCUAUAUGAAUUUUGGUACAAGUCCAACACAAACUUGCUCAGUUUUUAUCAUAUCAUCGGCCGAUAUAUAUGGGUUGAUUUUUUCUUACACAUGAUCUUACUAGCUAGCAUUGUCCGUGAUAGCGCUACGGUAUGUAUGGUGAUGACCAGCAAGCAGUCACAUUGAAAGAAAAUAUCAAAG